UGAGUGUGUUUUUGUCGGCUUUUAACCGCAUGUCCUUCCAGAGUUUAUCGUUUAACUUGGACAUGAAGGUUUAAAGAACCGUGUGGUCGCUCCAGAGAGACAGGGGGGUCAGGGAUGCUGUGCAAGUUCAUUUCAUCCCUGCCGGAGCAGAAGCGUCCUGCUGAGGGAAGCCAUCGAGUGGAAAUGUUUUGCAUCUGCAAAGAAACCCGGAGCUCAGCUGGGCGAACAGAUCAGGCCUGAGUGUUUUCCACCUUCUGGAUUAAAUGGUGGCAGAAGUGUGCAUUACGAGAUAACCAGCUGCUGUCCAGCCUGCACUGCAGAUAAGCUGUGAGUCUACUUUUCCUUUUUUUUUUGGAGGCCUCUGUGUGCCAGACUGUAUAUGUGGGAGUAGCUAUAAAUAAUGAAUGUAAUGGACAGCAGCCUCUGAACUGUGAGACGUAGGAAAGGCUUGGUUAUUUUUCUAACCCCUCAAAAAAAGACUGGAAAUAAUGGCUGAUCACGAGGAAGCGGAGUUGUCCGAAUCCCUGCAGAAGGAUGACGACUUCUCCAGCGAGAUGGAAGAGCCGGAUAUGGGCUAUCAAUGUGAAAAAAGUUUGCCUAUUUUAAAUGAAGAAGGGCCUCAAGAGGAAACCUUACUGGCUAGUUCUGUGUCCAUAACGGCGGAAGAGAGCGCUGAAUUCAUCCAACUCCCGGCCAAAACCGAGUCUUUUCCGCCCGAGUCCCCGACCAGAACAAAGAAGUCUGGGAAGUCGGCGCUGAACCAACCGAGUUCCUACAUGGAGAACACGGAGAUCCGAAGGAGUAAAAACAUGGCUAGAAGGAAGCCGCCGGCGGGGUUUUUGUCUUCGACCCUGGCUCGGUUUCGUCUACCCAGCAAGAAGUACAUGAACGUAAUCCUCCAGGACUCUCGCUGCUUCCUGUUCUGCAUGUGUUACCUGACGUUCAUCCAGUCGCUCAUGGUGUCCGGAUACCUCAGCAGCGUCAUCACCACCAUCGAGAAGAGGUACAGCCUAAGAAGCUCUGAAUCGGGGCUCCUCGUGAGCUGUUUCGACAUCGGGAGCCUCGUGGUGGUCGUGUUCAUCAGUUAUUUCGGCGGUCGGGGUCAAAGGCCUCGCUGGUUGGCGGUCGGCGGGAUUUUCAUCGCUGUCGGAGCCGCGUUAUUCUCGUUACCUCACUUCAUUUCCCCGCCGUACCAGAUCAAGGAGGUAAAUUCUUCCGCGGGAAAUGAGGGCCUGUGUAUGAACGCUAACGGUAGCGGAAGGGUAGGCGUCGACAUCACUUCCUGUCCCAGAGACCAGGAGGGAAACGAGCACAACCUGUACGUGGCGCUGUUCGUCAUCGCUCAGAUCCUGGUGGGCAUGGGGUCAACGCCCAUCUACACUCUGGGGCCAACCUACCUGGACGACAACGUGAAGAAGGAGAACGCCUCGCUCUAUCUAGGUAAGAGUGUGUUUUGGGACUGUGUGAGGAAGUGUGUGAAGAAGUGUGUGAGGAAGUGUGUGAGGAAGUGCUUAAUAUCUGCAGCAGAUGACGUCACUGCGUAA